AUAAAAUGUGAAGAUCGCGCGGCUUGUGAAGCUUCUGUGAACUGGGCCGAGGAACUCGGGCAGAAUGUAAAGAAGACUUGGAUGAAAACUCCGCAAACGUGUUGAACAUCCGCAUCGAAAAAUUGAAAUCAUCUUGGGAUGAUAUCAACCACAGAAUUGUUGAAUUUUCAAACCUAAAUAAUGAAGAAAUUAAAUUAGUGGAAUACCAGUUGGCUGAGCAGCGUUGUGAUGACGAUCCAGACACGUUGACCUUGGAGGAAUGGAGAUCAGAAACGACUUCAAUGACGCAAUGGAUUGAUCAUGUCAACGAUGAAUGUACUCAUUUGAUUGUAGAACGCGAUAACGAGAGUCUGAAGACAGCAGAACUGGAGAUCAAGAGAGUACUUGAGAAACUUGCGACUGAAGGAAAACCGGGUAUGAACAAGAUUGUAGUCCUGGGGCGACGUAUAAUUGAUAGUCAUUCCCAGAAUUCUGAAAAAGAGGAAGAGAUUGGGUCAACUUUAACUAAAUUGAGAACAAAAAUGAAUUCAUUGGAAAAAUUUGUUGAAUUGUGUAGAAUAAGAGUACUUGAGACUAUCGUGAUAUACUGCAAGGAAAGACUUGAUGUUUGUCUUUGUUUUGUUGAACAAGACGAAAUUAUCAUAAAACAACUCUCACCUCCAGGCUCCUCUCCUCAAGCAAUUCAUGAGCAAAUUGCUGUACUCCAUGUUUCCGAGAAAGAUAUAUCUGAACACCAACAGCAGUUCUUGGAAAUCCAUUCGUAUUUAAAAGAGAGACGUCAUGAUAAGUUUAUCGCAGCCGAGACGGAAAAGGAAUUUGGGACUAUAUGUAAAAGUAUUGAAAAACGAAGGAUUGAUGUGGAUAAACAGUUAAAAGAGGGUCGAAAAAGAUUAAAUCAAGCCAUGAUGAAUUUCUUUGAGAAAGAAAAGAAGAUUACAAUAAAGUGGUUAAUAGGAUGUGAGAAAAAAGAAAAAAAUAUUAAAUCCAACGUAGAGGACUUAAAAGAUAGCAAGAACGAACUGAUCAAAGUUAAGGAAAUUCGUUCCGAGUUUGAUGAUGGUCGUCAGAAUUCAAACAAAUUGCUCGAAAUCCAUAAAAUCAUUGUCGAUGAUGGAAUCUUGGGAGAAAAUGAAUCUAAAGAUAUUGAUGACGUUAUGACGUCAUUAGUUGGCAGAAUUGAAUACGUUGAUAAAAGUUUACAUGAAAAGGAACAAAAACUCUACACCGCUCUAUUAACAAGCUUGACAAAUCUUUUGGAUUCAAUUGAGACUGCUAUAGAUAAAGGGAGAACGAGCAUCAAAACAGACGAGGCCAUGUCUACAUACUUCAAAACUGCGAAGGAUCAGAUGGAGGAUAACAAGAUAAUGAUACGUGAUGUUCGAUCUCUUCAUUUGUUCGUGAAUAAAGAGCUUGAGAAGGGAGAGGAUGUAAAAAGAGCGAAACUUCUAGGACCUGAGGACGCAGACACAAUAGACCUGAGGCUCAGUGAUUUGGCACAGAAAUCCGCCGACCUUCAAGAAGCAGCUUACACGAAGGACGCAAGAAUGCGAGGAGAAUACGCAAUGACGUUUAAAACUGAACUAGAACGAUGUAGUCAGUGGUUAAAGUUCCUAGAAAGAAGAAUUGAAAAUACUUCAGAAGAAGCUGACGAUUUUGAAGGCUAUGAGAAACUUACAGAAGAGCACGUGCGUUUUGAAGAAGACUUGAAGGUGUAUGACAUAUCUCUGCUGGUGAAAGAAGUUGUUAAUAUCGAAGAAUUGGAAAAUUCAGUGAAAGUGGAGUUGACUGUUGUGGAAAAGCGUUGGAAAUUGGUCGUGAAAUGGUGUGAUGAACGAAAUAAAAAAUUAUCAAACAUCGUUUCACUAUGGACACGGUUAAGACAAGAACAAGCGGAUAUACGCAACUGGAUCGAUGAGAAAAGUGAACAACUCCAAGUUGCUGAUGCCAUAAACCUUGCUGAUGAAGAUGCUGUCAGUGAGCAGCUAAAUAUCAUAAAAUCUCUUCAGCCCGAGCGAGAAAACUAUUUGAAACGUGUGACAGAAGUGGAAGCACUUGGCCAGGAACUACAGAAAGCUAUCGUCAAGAAUAAUAACGCUAAAGAGUCGAUACAACAUCAAAUUGCAGAUCUUGAUAAAGUUUUUAAUGAACUUUUAGGACGCAUUCUUAAUAAAACUGCACAAUUGGAAACGGCCAAGCAAAGAAUGCAAUCGUUAAAACAAGAGAAGAAGAUUGUGGAUACUUGGUGUAGUGAUACUGAAAUACUUCUGGAUGAGUUGGACGGCAUGGAAAAGAAAUUUCAAGAUCUGACGAGUGGUAAACAAGAUGAAACCGUGGAAGAAGAUAAAGAAAAAGAAACGGAGAAGAAAAAGCGAGAAAGAAUGAAAGCAGAGAAAGAAAAACUAACUGAAGAUAUGAUCAAAGUUGUUGAAAAUCUUUCUGACAAGUAUAAAAAACUGGGCGACAUUGAAUCAAGAGUAAAUCGUGUGAACGACAUAUUUGACGAAACGAUUGAAGCUAUUUCCGAUGAUGGUAAAGAAGAGGUUGCUAAGAAGAAAGCUGAUUUCAACGAUCGUUAUAACACCGUGAGUCAGAGAUUAAAAGAAAUGCCCAACAGAGAUCUACCAGAGAGCUCUAGUUGUUGGUUUGCUAGGUUUUUAAAACGUAGAUUAUUUCCUGUUGCUGCCUACUAAACUGAUAUGUCAUACAUACUCUGUUUUAAGGUUGCAGUAUGGUAUUUUUUAGCUUUUUGUGUUAGAUUACAUGUGAGACCUAAAUUUAGAAGUAUUAGCAACAAAUCAUUACAAUAUAAUGCCCUUCGUGAAUUAAAUUUGGCAUGAUCAAUUGAUGUAUUUGACGAAUAUUAAAACAUUAUUUUCGUAA